AUGGAAGUCUCGUCCCCUGUACGGCUCCAGGCGGCCUCCCCGGGAAGUGGAAGGUCCAUAUCUUCCAACGGUCUUGUUAACCAGAAAAAUGCCGGCAAUGUGUUGCCAGUCCUUCGUAUGGAAGAGAAUCCAGAGCCCGGCAUCCCAAGCGAGAUCUUCAAGAAAUUCAGUGCUCCUAACCAUGUCAUAUCUGAGCCUGCCAUGGCUGAGGGCUUCUGUUGGCAGCCCAAGCAGCCUGCUCGCCCCGGGCAGUUUUCCGAAAGACCCCGCACAAAGACUACGGACGUUCCAUUGAUCCCUAAAGACGUACCGGCCGAGACACCGUACUCCCACAGGGGCCAAGUUGACGCCAAAGUUCGCCCAAGAGGAAUCCAACAAGGGCCUGAACUACAACCGUUGGAGCUUCCCGAGUUCAACUUUGAGCUUCUCAAGGAAAACGAGCAUCGGUAG